GGCUGAGGCGUCGGGGUGACGCGGCGCGUGUCCCGGGCAGGGCUUCCGCGUGGACGUGGUGCGUGAGGAGGAGGAUACGCUGGAGUUCGACAUGGUGGGCAUCGACGCGGCCAUCGCCAACGCCUUCCGCCGCAUCCUGCUGGCCGAGGUGCCAACGAUGGCUGUAGAGAAAGUCUUUGUGUACAACAACACGUCCAUUGUGCAGGAUGAGAUUCUGGCUCAUCGUUUGGGCCUUAUUCCUAUCCGAGCUGACCCUCGACUCUUUGAGUACAGAAACCAAGGAGAUGAAGAAGGGACAGAAAUUGAUACACUGCAGUUUCAGCUGAAAAUAAAAUGCAGCCGAAACCCUCAGGCAGCCAAGGAGUCAUCUGACCCCAACGAGCUGUACAUCAAUCACAAAGUGUACAGCAAACACAUGACAUGGGUGCCCUUGGGGAACCAGCCAGACCUCUUCCCCGAUGCCGACUUCCGACCGGUGCACGAUGACAUCCUCAUCGCGCAGCUGCGGCCUGGCCAGGAGAUAGAUGUGCUCAUGCACUGCGUCAAGGGCAUUGGUAAAGAUCAUGCCAAGUUCUCUCCUGUGGCCACGGCGAGUUACCGGCUGCUUCCUGACAUCACUCUCCUGCAGCCUAUUGAGGAUGAAGCAGCUGAGUUGUUGCAGAAGUGCUUCUCCCCUGGAGUCAUUGAAGUCCAGAACAUCAAGGGAAAGAAAGUGGCAAGAGUAGCAAACGCCCGACUGGACACAUUCAGCAGGGAGGUUUUCCGUCAUGAGAGUCUGAAAAACCUUGUGCGCCUGGCAAGAGUGCGGAAUCAUUACAUCUUUUCAGUGGAAUCCACGGGUAUCCUGCCUCCUGACGUGCUGGUAAGCGAAGCCAUCAAGAUUCUGAUGGGGAAGUGCCAGCGUUUCUUGAAUGAGCUGGACUCUGUGCCUAUGGAGUGAGCAGGCUGCGGCUGAGCAGAGCAUCUCUCCACUGCUGCCUUGGGCUGCCUGCAGGGCUGGAUCUUCCUCUGCAGGCAAGAGCUCUGGGAACUGUGUGUUAGAUUCCCAGGACCAUCUCUCUGUUUGUUUUCUGUUUGUAAUGAGCCUCAUUGAGGAGAAGCC